ACAUGCCAUGCUGCUGGAGAGAGAGACGCCGUGCUGACACGAGCUCGGAGCAGAAGCGCUCACUGCCUCUGGGUCUGUCUCACUAGGCGUUUCGCGAGGAUGUAAACGUAACAAAGUAGCGAUUUACAGUAUUCACGUCCCCAGCCGGCCAGGAUGAAGUUAACUUUGAGCGCUUUGGCUAUUUUCGUUGCCCUCGUCGGUGUCUUGAGUUUUAUCUUUCUGGUAGUGGCCAUUGGCACAGAUUUUUGGUACAUCAUCGAUGCUUCCAAAUGGGAACACAACGCCUCGACCCAUCUGAGCUCCCAUUCGGGACUAUGGAGAACUUGCAACUUCAAUGGCUCGUGUUCGCCUUUCAUAAGCCCAUUUGGGGCUGGCAACUUCACGGACUCCCAGAGACAACUUCUCAACAUGCAUGCAGCGUUUGUGGUGCUGCUGCCCCUGAGUCUGAUCCUGAUGGUGUUUGGAGGGAUGGCUGGCUUUGUCAGUAUCCUGGCCCGGGCCUACAUGCUGCUGUUGAUGACCGGAGUUCUCUUUCUGUUCGGAUCUCUAGUGACCCUUGCCGGAGUGAGCCUAUACGUUGCCUACUCUGCGGCUGCAUUUAAGGAGGCGCUGUGUCUGUUUGGGAGGAAGAAGCUGGAGAGCAUCGAUAUCCGUUUCGGUUGGUCUCUGGCUUUGGCAUGGAUCUCCUUCAUCGCAGAGCUCCUCACCAGCAUGGCGUUCCUCCUGGCCUCCAGGAUCGUAGGGCUGAAGAGAAGGCAGGAGCAGGGGAUAUAAGAGUGCAACCUGAUCUCCCAAGCAAAACCCAACAACCAUUAAACACGGCAGCUUAGGUCGCCUUUAAACACUACUGUAGUCACUGCCUUGGCUGGUUUCACAGACCCUGAUUAGCACUGAUAUUGCACUGCCUUACUGUAUCUAAGGCAGUCUGUGAAACCAGCCAAUCUAUGACUUCAUCCACAAACACAAGGAGCAACAUGUAAGCCAACUCUUUUGCAAUCUUAGUCUGUCCAAUGCAUAUAAACACGCUGAUAUUACCCCAUUAAGGCUACUUUAUUCUGCACAUAUAGCCCUUCAGAUGCUUUUAUGACUGCUCAAUAUAAAAUAAGAAACUGAAGAAAGGGUAUGUGAGAAAGGAUAUCUUAGUUUCGCUAGAGGGAAGAAAACGUUUUGAAACAGAACGAUAGAGGGAAUGGCAUUUAAACCUUUGAAUGCGACCUAUUUAAAGAGAUAAUAAACAUCUAGUACAGAACUGUAGCAGUUUUGCGCAGCAUUGUAUUUCCAGACACAGGCAGCUCAACACUUCUUGUUAACUCCGCGCCGCGUUGUCAGUUUAAUGUUCUUAGCUUCAGUGCGCAUUGUUGUUUUUCUUAUGUUUGAAUCGCUAAGGAAUUGUAAUCUGUUGCUAAGCUAUUGUGUCGUACACCCAGUGCCUUUCAAGCCGUGUCCUUUGCAUUGUGUAUUUAUAAACUGUCUGGAUUUUUAAUUAAGAAACCCAAAGCUCCUGUAAGGUGCUGCUCACAUAUUUAUAGAGCACUGACUGUCUCGCAGGAUUUUCUUUGAUGUUUUUAUUCUGUAUAAGCACGCUGUCAAUUCUUGUGUGAUAUGUUCUGGAGACCUUUCAGUUAGAACGUUUUAGUUUUUUUGUUUGUUUUUUUUUUACUUUUCCUCACUUCUGAAACUCUUAACAGACCAACAAUAAAAUAAUACAUUGUCGGGGCUCCCGAGUGGCGCAUCCGGUAAAGGCGCUCUGCGUGGAGUGCAGGAUGCAUCCUAAGCCUGGACGUCGCCGGUUCGAGUCCAGGCUAUUCCAAUGCUGACCAUGGACAGGAGUUCCCAAGAGGCGGCGCACAAUUGGCCGAGCUCCAUCUGGGGGGAGGGCUAGGUUAGGUGUGCUCAGCUCACCGCGCACCAGCGACCCCUGUAGUCUAGCCGGGCGCCUGCGGGCUUGCCUGUAAGCUGCCCAGAGCUGCGUUGUCCUCCGGAGGUGGCUGCAUGGUGAUAAUUGGAUAUUCUAAAUUGGGACUACUAAUAAAGCAUAGUCAAGUAUAAUCAAACACAAGGAAAGCGUGGUAAAGCAUAGGUAAGCUUUGUAAAGCCCAGAGAGGUACGGUAAAGCAUAUUAAUAAACAUGUCAAACCAGGUUUAACUAUGACACAUAACAGCAUCCAUCGGAAAACAAUGUGAAAACAGCGCGGUCGAUUAGACUGUCAAAUGACACCUGAAUUCAAGGGCUUCGAUUUUCUUUUGAGUUUCAGACUUGCUGGACGAGUCAGACUGAAAUGCAUCACAAACAUCUGAUUGGACUUACAGGUCUGGAGAAACGCGAUAAGGAUUAGUUUGACUGGAACUAAAGAAACUGAGCUUUCGAUACCUGAGUGUCUGUGCCAGUGAGCUUUCUUCUGUUUUUAAAACUUGUAUUAACUGUGUCCAGUGGUGGUGGACAGAGAUGUCAGUUUCACGUGCCGUUCUGUAUUUUGAUAACCUGUCUGUAAUACCGACUGAUAAUUAUGUAUCACAGCUAUCGUACAGUAACGCUUCCCUGUGAUUGAUAUAUGCAGCUUUGUGAAAACUGAGGCUUUCACUGUUUCUGAUUGGGAAAAAAAGAUGCAGCAAAAAGCUUCCAAACUCCUUGGAAAACUGCUAAUAAAAAUAUUCAUAUUUAAAAUCUA